GACGAUAGUUAAAAAUAUAAUCGGGAUCGACGGAUAUUUCAUUAAGUGGAUAUAAACAAAACCAAGUCUCAAUCUCUAUUUUAUGAAACCACAUAAGUCAUUCAUCUUAGUAUUAAAUUAAUUAAAUCAAAUCAAUCUAAAAAAACCCUUUGUUACAAUUUUAUUUAAAGAAGGGCAUUCCUUUCCCUAUGGAUACGAUCCUUACUUCACUAUAUUACAUAUAAGUGUUGCAUUGAAUAUUAUUUUGAGCCACACAAUGACUUUAGUGCCGUCAACCUUCGCGCGCGAUUCUUCUUAUACGCUAUACCCGGGAAUAAACUUUUUUCAUUCAAAAGGGCUAAACUUUUUUUUAUUACAACACAACGAUAGCGGGUUAUCAACAACCAACCAUAGUUGCAUUGAAUGUUAUAUACAUGGACAUCUAUAGAAAUCAAAAGUGUUUGACAGUAGUUUUUCUAAACAACACUUGGUAGUGGUUUUGUUAACUACAAAACAUAUUGUUUCUAACAUUUAUAAAUUUACAUGCAUUCUUUAUUUUUCUAAUAUAAAGAAUUAUUUGUAUGUAGUUAUUGCUCUCCAAUGCAAGCAAAUGAAUAAACGGUAUUAAAUAUUAUUCAAUUUUGUAUGUUAUUGAAACUUAUGAUAUUUAUUGAGCAAUGAAAUAACGCAUCAAAUAUACAUGCAUGCUAUCACACACACAUAUGUAUAUGUAUGUAUGUAUGCAUAAAUAUAAUAUAAAUUGAAUUUCAUCGUGAAGAUUAUAAAACAUUAUUGUGCAUUGCAUAGCACAUAUAAAGACAAGGUCUUUCUUCUACCAUGGCAAUAUCAGGUCACGAGCUCAGGGCAAGAUGCGAGUUCUCACAUAUACAGAUGUCUCUAAUUCUACUAGUGAAUAUUUGUGCCAUGCAAUUUCUGACGUUGCAUGGAUUACCUUCAAACGAAAGCAUGGCAGUGUCGUUUUGUUCGUGUUACUCAGAUUGUUAUUCAAAUCCAAUGGCUACGCGGGGAUGCAGAAGCAGUGACCUCCCUGUUGAUAUAGAAGGAUUUUGUGUACUGUACUGUGAUUUUGUGUUUAAUACUACAUACACCAGUAAUUCAUCAUGCAAGGAUUAUCUGCAAAUAACUUCUCCCCGUUUUGAGAGUGUUACACAACAUGGCGAUUAGCUAGAUCACUGCAUCCCGGCCUAGUUAUGAUUGACGUGCAUACAAUUGUAUUGUACUACAACAUUACAUUUUAGUACGUAGUGUUUCACUAUACUACACUACUAAUUAUUGGGUUAUAAGCUUUACAUGUUAAUCCAAAGUACGAACUUUUUUAUAUCUCUCCGGCCUCAAAUCCUUUUGAAUGCAAAUUAAUCUCAUACUUUGCGGUUUAUAAUUGCAAAUAAGAUUAUCACAAUAAUAUGUCGACCUUUUCUCCUCUUGAAUACUAAUAGAAUAAAUAAAUGUACUUCUUCAUUUGAAUUUUCUGAAAUAGUAACAACAAUUAUGCAUGCCCUACAUUUAAUUUUACAUUUAUUGUUUUAGUACUACAACAUUUGUCCCUAUUUUAACUCAUUUAUACUACACAUCUUUCGAUCUCAAAUUUCUUAUAGUGUAAUCUUUUAGAGGUUUUUCUAAAAUCACUGAAGUAUAAAAAUGUGACUAAAAUUAGUAGAAGAACAUAUUGAUGGUCACUUAAGUGUACACCUGAACAUGAUUGGUCACUAAAAAUUACAAAUAUAGUCACUUUAUAAAAGAUGCCACACUGUGCAUCCUCUUUAUUUUAAUCAAAUAUCUCAUUAUUUCUAUGUUUUAUCAUUUUCAAAUACCACUUUUGCAAUGUAAGUUUCAUCUUUCUCCCUAUCCCACCACUGUGUCCAGCCAAGCAUAAAUGUAUAAUGACUUUUCAGUGUCUAAACAAUUCAAGUUCAACUCAAAUUUUUAGAUGAACAUUUUGAGAAAUAAUUAAUAAUAUGUACAUGUUGUGAACAUUAUUAAGCUAAGUUUCACUUUUGCCUCCCCCUUUCCAUUCAUAUUAUUCAAAUGUACUCGGUAUAAUAUUCUACACUUUACCUCUAUCUUAAAAAAUUCAAUUUUAACCGAUGUACAUUUUUUUGACAAGUCACAAGUUAACAUAAAUUAUAUGCAUAAUAUAUGAAGUUUUUUGUUACAUUAGGUAAAUUUGAUAUAUCAAACUUGUUAAGUUAUUUUUACAAAAUUCUUGCACACACACACACACAUACAUACAUACAUACAUACAUACAUACAUACAUACAUACAUACAUAUAUAUAUAUAUAUAUAUAUAUAUAUAGAGAGAGAGAGAGAGAGAGAGAUUUGGCUGCCUUCCCUGUGGAAUUCCGGACCAGAGGCACCGUCCGGCCGACGGAUUUUGGCUGCCUUCCCUGUGGAAUUUUUGAAUAAAAUUUUUAUGGCAUGUUCUUCACCAAGUCUAGUUUAUUCACAAAAAACUUCAGCUAAAAACUCAAUCCGGAAGGUCCUCAAAUGAUUUUUGGAAGUUAACUGCACUAAAAAAUAUAUAUAAAACGCAG